AUGGAUCCUACUAUUGCACGUCGGCGGCUAAUUGCAAAGGUUGUGGUCCUUGUAGCAGUUAUGUCAGCCUGGUUGGAUGCAUGGUUGAGGCACCGACUACAUGCUAGGAGGUCUAUCACUUAUGGCCCAAUGCACCAAAGAGACCAAGAGAGACAAAACAACCUGAGAUUCAUUUAUGAAUCCACUGAUGUUGAGUGUGUUGACUUACUUAGGAUGAGAAGGGCCCCUUUUAUGCAGUUGUGUGACCUUUUUCGCACUAGGCAGCUAUUGAGAGAUAGUAUUCAUAGCUCAGUAGAGGAGCAGGUUGCCAUGUUUUUACAUGUGGUAGGUCAUAAUCAAAGGUUUAGAGUUGUACACAUGACCUUUCGAAGGUCUAUUGAGACCAUCAACAGAUACUUCAGGGAAGUAUUGUAUGCGGUUGGUGAACUGAGAAAUGAAAUGAUCUUGCCACCUUCAACUGCUACACCAACCAAAAUUAGAGAUAGCCACAGAUGGUACCCCUAUUUCAAGGACUGUAUUGGUGCCAUUGAUGGCACUCAUGUGCUAGCAAGAGUUCCUAGAAAUCAGAGGGCUGCCUUCCUUGGCAGGAAACACACCACAACACAGAACAUCUUAGCUGCUGUAGACUUUGAUCUAAGGUUUACAUAUGUUCUUGCUGGCUGGGAGGGAUCAACACAUGAUGCCCUUAUCCUUGCUGAUGCCCUUGAGAGAGAAGAUGGUCUAAAAGUGCCCCAAGGUAAAUUUUACCUUGUGGAUGCUGGUUAUGCUGUCAGGCCUGGGUUUUUACCCCCUUACCGUGCCACACGGUACCACUUGAGUGAAUAUGGGGGGAGGAAUCCACAGAACCCAAAAGAGCUCUUCAACCUUAGACAUUCAUCACUAAGGGUGACAAUAGAGAGGGCCUUCGGUGCUUUGAAGGACAGAUUCAAAAUAUUAUACAACAAACCUUUCCAUCCAUACAAGACACAAGAUCACCCAAAAGAUGUUGAUUACCUCAAUAGGCCCAUAGAGAACUAUAUGGCUAUGCAAAUCAUUUUUGGAAGUGGGGUUGCCACUGGUAGGUUUGCAAUGGGUUCAAAUGAGCCUUUGGGCAAGCCAAGUGACAUUGUUGACAUCUUAGAUGAUGGCAUUGAAGUGACCUCAGAGUUUGUUGAUGCUUCCAAUCUAACUGGCAAGGGAAAGACUGUUGAUAAGGGUACCCCUGGUGACUCCAUUGAUACCAAGCCUAUGUCCAACUUAGGGAAGAGGAAGAGCAUCCGUGCUGAAGCAGCACCUGGGAUCUACAAUGUUGUAAUCAACUGUCCUGGGUUCUCUAGGGAGGCUCUCAUGUAUGCCCUAAACCACAUGAUGGAGCACAAGGCCACCUCCCUGGUGUUCCUGGACAUGACUCCUGAUGAUCGUGACCUAUGGCUCAAGACUUUCCUAGCCAAGCACUACCACAACUGA